CGGGCGGAGCGGCCUGACUCGGCGGCUGCGGGCGGGCGCGCUGCGGAGGCGCUGACGUGGGGCUGGGCCCUCCCUGCGGGCCCGGCGCCGCCUGCUUAGAGCGGGACGGAGAGGAGAGCGGGGAAGGCGCGAGGUGACGCGGGCGAGGUGCGCUUGGCAGCGGCCUUUGGGAAUCAAACAGUGGAGCCUAGUGUCCGCGGAAAAGCAUUUCCCUUCUUCUGGGAAUGUGUCAUCAGGGCUGGUCACGCGGGCGAUGCCACAGGUCUCAUGCUGCAAAAGAUGCAGAGCCCCCAACUACCCUUUCUUGCCUCUUACUUGCUUACUACGUUUGGUUUCCUAAUGAGGUUACAGCUUCAUGUUGUUCCGGCCUUUGAUCCUCAAAAUGUAAAUGAUUCUGCAGCCGGCGUGGUUCACCCUGUUAUUUGACAAAGGGCAGCUGGGAAGUAAGGACGGAAAAUAAGCCCACUUCUACGUAAGAAAGCAGAGUUUGCUCCCCGCCUGGCUAUUGUUCCACCGUAGCCCUGGGAGGUAGGGCAGAGGUUGGAGACUCAGAGGUCUAAGUGCCGAGGCCAAGCUAGAGGCCAAGCUAGAUCCGGGUCUCCCGCGCCUUCUGUUUGGGGUAUUUCAUGGUCCCAGGAUUUCACCUCCUCCUCCCAGGAGGGCUUCCCUAUGGGGCUGGGAUGUGCUGCGCCGUUUCCAGUCUCUCCUAGCAAGAUCCUUAGGGCUGCUUAGGGCAAGGUUGCUGACCACAUCAUGGUUCUCAGUGACCCACGGUAAAAUGAGUGCCCGGAAGGAAACAGGAGGUGGAAAUUAAUGUUUGUGGGCCCCUGCUGUGUCCAAAGGACUGUGCUGGCCUGGUGUGUGUUGCGUGUUGUGGGAAGGCAGGGUGGUGGGAUACAGGGCACCAGGCAGGCGCCUCCUGGCUGUGGGGUGUGUGUUCCAGAGACACGUUUUGAGCACUGAGUCCUUCACCAGCUUGUCCUCCCAGAGAUGAUCAGCAGUCAGAUGAGAGGCUCAGCUUGCCCUCAUGACCUCUCUGUUUUAGGCAUUUGCAGGACCCUGGAUGCUGUGCCGCUCUCCAUGAGCUGGUCAUCGAAUCUGUCUACUGCAGCCCUUUCUGAAACUGGCUGUCUGGAGGCUCUGCUGUUCAUCUCAAGGUAGGCCCAUGAAGAGCCUGACACUCUGGUGAGAAGUGCUGGAAGACGCGGAAGCAAGAGCCCCAGCCUUAGACCCGGGUUUAGAUCCCAGUGGCUCUGCUACUCCAAGCUGUGCUAAGUCUUGCACCAGGAAGUGGGAGUAACUCAAGAUCAAGAUUCCUGCCUCCUCAGGGGCCUGGGAGGAUGAAGUGCGUCUUGGUGGCCACAGAAGGUGCAGAGGUCCUCUUCUAUUGGACAGAUGAGGAGUUUGAGGCGAGUCUGCGGCUGAAGUUUGGGCAGUUGGAGAAUGAGGACGAAGAGCUUCCUGCCCUGGAGGACCAGCUCAGCACCCUCCUGGCUCCAGUCAUCAUCUCCUCCAUGACUAUGCUGGAGAAGCUCUCAGAUACGUACACCUGCUUCUCCACAGAAAACGGCAGCUCUCUGUACGUUCUUCACCUGUUUGGAGAAUGCCUGUUCAUUGCCAUCAAUGGAGACCGCAGUGAGGGUGAGGGGGACCUGCGGCAGAAGCUGUGCGUGCUCAAGUACCUGUUUGAGGUCCACUUUGGGCUGGUCACCGUGGAUGGCCAGCUCAUCCGGAAGGAGCUGCGUCCCCCAGACCUGGAGCAGCGUGCCCAAGUAUGGGAGCAUUUCCAGAGCCUGCUGUGGACCUAUGGCCGCCUGCGGGAGCAGGAGCAGUGCUUCGCUGUGGAGGCUGUGGAGCGGCUGAUUCACCCACAGCUCUGUGAGCUGUGCAUAGAAACCCUGGAGCGGCACGUCAUCCAGGCUGUCAACUCCAGCCCUGAGAGGGCCGGCGAGGAGGCCCUGCACGCCUUCCUGCUCGUGCACUCCAAGCUGCUGGCCUUCUACUCCAGCCACAAUGCCAGCCCCCUGCGCCCAGCCGACCUCCUCGCCCUCAUUCUCCUGGUCCAGGAUCUCUACCCCAGUGAGAGCACAGUGGACGAUGAUGACCCUCAGCCUUCUCCACGGAAGCCCCGGUCCAGCCAGAGCAUCCCUGUGCAGCAGACCUGGAGCCCUGGUUCCACAGCCCAGCCCAGGAGGAGUUCGGCAACAACUGAGACUGACAGCUUCUCCCUCCCUGAGGAGUACUUCACACCAGCUCCUUCUCCUGGGGAGCAGAGUUCAGGUAGCACCGUCUGGCUGGAUGAAGGCACCCCCCCAACUGAUGCUCCUCAGGUCCAGAUCACUGAAGACAGCCUCCAGACACUGGUCCCUCAUACCCUAGUUGCUUCCCGCCCCAGAAGGAUUUUCCUGGAUGCCAACGUGAAAGAGAACCACUGCCCCAUGGUGCCCCACACUGUGUACUGCCUGCCCCUGUGGCCAGGCAUCAACAUGGUGCUCCUGACCAAGGGCCCCAGCACCCCCCUGGCCCUUGUUCUAUACCAGCUGCUGGAGGGGUUUUCUCUCCUGGAGAAGAAGCUGAAGGAGGGGCAGGAGGCCGGGAACACCCUGCGCUCCCACCUCUUCAUGGGGGACCUGCGUCAGAGGAUGGACAAGUUUGUCAAGAAUCGUGGGGGGCAAGAGAUUCAGAGCACCUGGCUGGAGUUCAAGAGCAAGGCUUUCUCCAGAAGCGAACCUGGAUCGUCCUGGGAGCUGCUCCAGGCUUGUGCGAAGGUGAAGCGGCAGCUUUGUGCCAUCUACCGGCUCAGCUUCCUGACCACAGCUCCCGGCCGUGGGGGCCCGCACCUGCCCCAGCAGCUGCAGCACCAGGUCCAGGCCACCAUGCAAGAAAAGCUGAUGGACUGGAGGGAAUUCUUGUUGGUGAAGAGUAGGAGGAACGUCACCAUGGUGUCCUACCUAGAAGACUUCCCAGGCUUGGUGCAUUUUAUCUAUGUGGACCGUACGACUGGCCAGAUGGUGGCCCCUUCCCUCAGCAGCAGUAAGAGGAUUUCAUCAGAGUUGGGCAGGGGCCCUCUGGCUGCCUUCGUCAGAACCAAGGUCUGGUCUCUGAUCCGGCUGGCACGCAGAUACCUGCAGAAGGGCUACACCACACUGCUGUUCCGGGAGGGGGACUUCUGCUUCUCCUACUUCCUGUGGUUCGAGAACGAGAUGGGGUACAAACUCCAGAUAAUAGAGGUGCCUGUCCUCUCAGAUGACUCGGCCUCCAUCGGUGUGCUGGGAGGAGACUACUACAGGAAGCUCCUUCGCUACUAUAGCAAGGGCCACCCCGCUGAGGCUGUCAAGUGCCACGAGCUGCUGGCCCUCCACCUGUCUGUCAUCCCCACGGAUGUGCUAGUGCAGCAGGCCAGUGAGCUGGCCCGGCGCCUGUGGGAGACCUCCCGUAUCCCCUUGCUCUAGGCCAGGGCGCAGUGCCCUGGUGCAGUCUGUACCCAUGCAUAGCAGCCACCUAGGAAUAGGACAACCCUCCCCCCAGGUCUCUUAAAGAAAUCACCUAGACUGGUCUCCCUUUCAGGUACCAAACCCCCAAAUCCUUCUCUUUGGGGAAGGAGGGAGGCCAAGGUGGAGUUCCCUGGGUCUCCAUAAAACAGUGGUGGCUGUGAGGUUAGAACGGAUUCACCUGCCUUCAGAGCUGCCUCUCCAUUUAUCACCGGGAGACAGGAAGUCCCCAGUGCCUGCAGGUGCCUGAAGAUACCUCCUUUAUGCUUCUCAUAGAGUGGAGAAAGAGCGCCCUCAGGAACACAUUCCUCUCCCCAAAUGAAAGGUGCUGCCUUGGCUGGGUGGGAAUUCCAUCUAUGCCACUUCCUCUCUGCAGUCUGGGCAGGUUUCCUACACUCCAAACCUGUUUGCCCACGUUUAGAGGGAUGCACCCACCUCUUAGGGUGGUUGUGAGGACUGCCCGACACACAGCAAGUGCUAAAUAAAUGCUGGUUGUGGUUA